AUGGUGCGGUGCCGUCCGGGUGGGCAAAAGGUGGACCUAGAGCAUACCGCGAUGUGCUCUCUGCUGCAGCAGUGGUGUACGCAACGGGGUCGAUGGUGUCCCAUCGAUGCAUGGUCGCCGUCGAGGUCGAUCGAGGACAUGUAUAAGCCCCUCGAGAUCAUUCGCCCAUGCUGGUCUGUCCCGCACCGCAAGACAUCUUCCCAACCCCCUCCUGCUCGACCCAAGCCUCGUACUGGUAGGAAGACCGCCAAGAUGCCAGUCGCCACCACCCCUUUCCCUGCCGCCGCUGCCGCCGCGGCCGCACUGCCCAUCGCCAUCCUCCCCUCGCCGUCGGAGUGCGUGCUGGACCCGCUGCCCCUGGCCAAGCACCUCCGCCACCUGCUGCCCAACCUGCACCUGCAGUCGACGCCGACGUCCGAGACGAGGGGGCUCAUCUACCUGCCCAAGAUGACCGAUGCCGAGGCCCACGUCCGCCUCCGCACCGUCCUCAAGAUGUACCCGCACAUCGAGUGGGUCCAGCUCCCCAUGUCCGGCGUCGACGCCUACCUCGACCUGAUCCGCGAGCGCCCGGAUAGGAUCUGGUGUUCUGGAAAGGGAACGGCAGGCGCGCUCGUGGCCGAGCAUGCCCUCGCGCUGAUCCUCUCGCUCCUCCGACGCAUCCCGCAGCGCGUCGCGGCCCAAUCCUGGGGCCCCAAGCUGGGCUUGACGCUGCUGGGGAAGCACAUCGUCGUCGUCGGCUACGGAGCGGCGGCCAGGGCGUUCAUCGAGCUGGUCCGUCCGUUCCGAUGCCGCAUCUCGGUAGUCCGACGUCGAGUCGGCAUGGAUCGACGCCAAGAUGACAGCGACAGCAGCGACGGUACCAGCGACGCGUCCGGGCGCGAUGGCAUCGGGGGCGACGGCGAUUGUGUGGCUCCGCCGACGUUCUACCACGUCGCGUCGCUCCACGAGGCGCUGGCUGAGGCCGACAUCGUCGUCCUGGCCCUGGCGCUGACACCGUCCAACCGCCGCCUGUUUGGCCGGGCCGAGCUCGACGCCAUGAGACCCGGGUCGGUGCUCAUCAACGUCAGCCGCGGCCAGCUCGUCGAUACCGAUGCCCUCGUCGAGACCGUCGAGCGGGGACGACUUGGCGGGGUGGGCAUCGACGUCGUCGAGCCGGAACCCCUGCCUCCGAGCCACCCGCUCUGGCACCUCAUGCAGUCUGGCCAGCGCCAUGAGGGCGGCACUACCCCGCUCAUCGUCACACCGCACUCGGCCGUCACGCCCCAGCUCAUCGAGCCUUUCCUGCGCGAGCGCAUCUCGAGGAACGCUCGCGCCUUUGUCAACGGCGCUGACAUGGACGGCGUCGUCGACCCGGCGACGGGCUACUGA